GUGUUCUGAAUCGUGCUGGCGAGUUGACAACCCUGGAGUGGCCCCCGAAGUCUUACGAUUAAUUACAGCGCUCAUUCAUUUAAAAACAAACCAACAACAACUCGUUCUUAACGCCGGCCUGGGGAAAACAGGCCCCUGUACGGCACAUCGCCCUCCACGUGGUACCGCCCUCAGCAGUGGCGCUUAAACUGGGAGCAGGAUGAGAGGGAGUGAGAAUAAGACGGAAGCAGACGAGACGAAGCCAGGCGGCUGCAGAGGCGCGGCCCUUGGAGACGUCAGCGGAGAAACGAAGAAAAUCAAAGUACUUCCGGUUACUCCGGAUGUGAAGGCUCCCGAGCUCCUCCGCCGGCGGAGGGCCAAGGGGAAGGAUGGCCGGGCGGGCCGCGCGGCUGGUGCUGCUAGCCGGAGUGGCCACGCUCGCCAGCGGCUCCCAGGGCGACCGCGAGCCGGUGUACCGCGACUGCGUGCUGCGCUGCGAGGAACGGAACUGCUCAGGGGACGCGCUGAAGCACUUCCGCUCCCGCCAGCCAAUCUACAUGAGCCUAGCAGGCUGGACCUGUCAGGACGACUGUAAGUAUGAGUGUAUGUGGGUUACCGUUGGCCUCUACCUCCAGGAAGGUCACAAAGUGCCUCAGUUCCAUGGCAAGUGGCCCUUCUCCCGGUUCCUGUUCUUCCAAGAGCCAGCUUCUGCUGUGGCCUCUUUCCUGAAUGGGCUGGCCAGCCUGGUGAUGCUCUGUCGCUACCGCACCUUCGUGCCAGCCUCCUCUCCUAUGUACCCCACCUGCAUGGCCUUCGCCUGGGUCUCCCUCAAUGCUUGGUUCUGGUCCACAGUCUUCCACACCAAGGACACGGACCUCACAGAGAAAAUGGACUACUUCUGUGCCUCCACCGUCAUCCUGCACUCCAUCUACCUGUGCUGUGUCAGGCCUGGUGAACGUGGUGUGGUGGCUGGCCUGGUGCUGGUGGAACCGGCAGCAGCUGCCUCACGUGCGCAAGUGCAUGGCGGUGGUCCUGCUGCUGCAGGGGCUGUCCCUGCUCGAGCUGCUGGACUUCCCGCCCCUCUUCUGGGUCCUGGAUGCCCACGCCAUCUGGCACAUCAGCACCAUCCCCGUCCACGUCCUCUUUUUCAGCUUCCUGGAAGAGGACAGCCUGUACCUGCUGAAGGAAUCGAAGCUGGACUGAGGGCCCGGGAGCGAGCCUGCCCUCGUGGGGACUCUGCCCGCUCCCUGCUGGCUCCUCUCCUCCCCAGCCCUUGCGAUGAUUUAUUUUUUGAACUUAGACUUGGAGGGUGUGGGCCCAGAAUCAUGUCAUAGGCCCACCACCCGGCUCGCCCCCACCUGGCCCUCACAGGCACGUGUUGGGGCCUGGCCUCUGAGCAUCUGGGGCUAGAGGAGGGGCGGCCCCUCUGGUUCCUGAACUGAACUGUGUUCUUAGCUCUGCCAAGAGGAGAGCGGCCUCUGCUUGCCCGUCAGCCAGCCACCUCCUCACAUCCCCUCUCCGCCUGAUGGUUGCCAGAGACUCUGUCCAGCCCGGAGACCAGGUGCCAGGCCGUCUCGGAUGCAGUGGGAUUUCCUCCUGUUACCCCCGUGCCCUCCUCCAGGGACCACUAGGUGGCACUAGACGCUUGCUCUUUGGCUGCCCAUGUUUCCAGGCCCGAUGCAUUCCACCCCGUGGGGUCUUGAGAGACCAGCAGUUGGAACUGGUGGGCACAGGCCUGGGGUGAGCGGGAUGCUGGGUGGGGCAGUGUGUGUGAACCCUGGCCUGGUGCAGUGUGGAGGCGUGGGGGUGGGGGUGAGUGGCUUUAACGUGUGUUGUUAAGCCCUGGCCGGGGCUUCAAGCUCAGUUGGUUAAAGCGGCAUCCCGAUGUGCCAAAGUUGUGGGUUCGAUCCCCGGUCAGGACAUAUACAAGAACCAACCAAUGAAUGUAUAAAUAAAUGGAACAACAAAUCGAUGUUUCUCUCUCUCUCUCUUCCUCUCUAAAAUCAAUAAAAAUUUAAAAAUAAA